AUGUUAAGCUCUAAAGCAUCUUUUAAAGUAAAUCUAACCAAGAAGAAAUCUAAAUCACUUAGACCAAAAACUAUUUCAAAGAUUAAAAUAAAUGACAAAAGAAUUAUUAACAAGAAGAAAUUAAAUUACUCUACUAGUGAAUUUGUUAUUGGUCCAAACCUUUCUCAAAAUUUUAUUCCUAAUCCUAACAUUAUUGAUACCAUAACCUAUGAAAGUAAUAUACAACAAACUAACACAUUUAAUAAUAUAUUAAAUAAUAUAUACAGUUUAAAUAACCUCGAGACACUUAUUAUGGACCCGGUGGUUUAUCCACCUGGUCUAUCUAUGAAUAUCAUGGUUAAGAAACAACCGUCUGAUAUAUGUCAGAAUAGAAAACUAAAUGCAUUUAUUGCUUUUAGAAUUUAUUAUUCUCAAUUUGGGAAAGGCUUAAAACAAAACACAUUAUCAAACAUCUUAUCCAGAAUCUGGCAUUCAAAUGAAAAAGAACAAAGACUAUGGAACCGAUUAACGCAGGAGUUUUGUAGAAAGAAAUGA